AUGAACAGGCCACUUAGUUCACCAGCUCAUAUACGUGGCAUCUUCAGUCAUAUCAAAUACGCUAAUGCCAAGAAAUUCUACUGCGACCUGGGAAAACAAAAGAUAGAAGUAAAUGAGCCUCCCAACAUCAUAGAGCAACCAGAAGGCUCCAUCAUAGACGGAUUUGCCAAUUUCUGGAUAAAGAACUUCACCAGCAUUCAAAGUGACUUGGCAUAUGCAUACAAUGACAUCGCUAAAAACCCAGAGAAACAUCCUGAUUGGCUGACAGAAGCGUGGAUUGACUACAGGAAAGCGUUUGACAGUGUGCCACAAUCCUGGAUAAAGGAAAGCCUUAAGAUCUGCAAAGUCUGCCCAGUAACGAUCAGGCACAUUUCAGAAAGUAUGAAUACAUGGAAAACCACCCUGAAUCUACACCAUGCAAACGGGUCAUUAACAUCAAGACUAAUCAACAUCAAAAGCGGGAUAUUCCAGGGAGGUGCUUUGUCACCACUACUUUUCUGCACCGCGCUAGCGCCACUCAGUAACCUCCCGAACAAUAGCAACUAUGGGUACAAGACAGAGAAUGGCAAUCUGAACCACCUAUUUUACAUGGAUGACUUCUAG